AUGGACAGUGAAGAAGACGAGGACUUCGGCCUUAAGCCAGGUUCUGUGAUUGAAUCGUCCCAUGCGAAAUACAUCAUUGAUAAACUGUUGGGUGAAGGUGGAUUCGGUGCUGUGUAUCGUGUACAUGAUGCCAGCAAUUCCAGUCUGGAGUAUGCACUCAAAGUGGAACGGAAGCUUGAAACUCGGAAAGAUUCCAAGCUUAAGAUGGAGAUCGCCAUUUUAAAAUUGGUAUCAAUGGAGAGGGCAGAAAAAUCACAUUUUACCAAGAUAAUCGACCGUGGUAAAAAGGAAAAAUUUUUCUUCCUUGUAAUGCAGCUUGUUGGAAAGUCCCUUGCAGAUCUGAAAGCAAUGAGGCCACAUAAAGUAUUCUCAAUGCAUACUGGUCUUGGUGCUUCCAUACAGUGUCUCGAAGCCGUGGAGGAUCUUCAUAAACAUGGUUUCAUCCAUAGAGAUUUGAAGCCUGCCAAUUAUGCAACCGGACUCGGAGAUCAAAUACGAUGUAUUUAUAUCCUCGAUUUCGGGAUAGCACGCAGGAUUCUCAAUGACAAAGGUGAAAUCAAAACACCUCGCGUCACGGUAGGGUUCAAAGGUACUGUGAAAUUCGCACCGAUAGCCUGUCACAAACGGAAGGAGUUAGGACCAAAAGACGAUUGCGAGUCAUGGUUUUACCUUCUUCUCGAUUUGUUAGUCGUAACAGGUCUACCGUGGAGGAAAAUCUCAGACAAGAACGACGUGAUGCGAGUGAAGGAAGAAUCCCGCAGCAAUCGAGACAAACUGUUCUAUGGAAUGAAAUGCAAGGAAGAAUUCGGUAAAAUAAUGGAGUAUAUCGAUUCGUUGCAUUAUGAGGACCGCGUCGAUUACUCGUACAUCUACGAGCUUUUAAAGACGUCGGCGAUUAUCUGCGAGUGCAAACUCACUGACGCAUACGACUGGGAAGAUUCGGGACGAAAAAGAUAA